UUGUCAAGGGAGGUUCGCAAGCGACUCUCUUCCCGUACGAUUCACGUAAUCACGCCAAAACCAACGUGUCACGUCUCAAUCGCCGAUGCAAAAUCAUUAAUGAAUGAAUGCAUCGUGGAAAAUGCGCUUUAUGGAUCGCCGCAUGAAGAUUAUCGUUUGAUGAAAUUCUUUGCGAAAAACGUGACAAGGACUACGAAAACGUGACGAAAGUGAAAUUCAGUGGAAAGACACUUGAGUGCGAACGGACGAGACGGAAAAAUCGAGAGCUUUGAUUCCUAAUAGUUUUUUUUUUUCGUAACGAGUUACAAUUGAGACAAAAAUAAACUUUUACAAGUGAUUUGAUUAAAAAAUAUAUUUUCAAUGUAGAAUUUCAUGAUGCUAUCAGCAAUGAGAUGAAAAUGAAAUUAAGAAGCAAGAAAAAAACAGCAACUUGAAGUAGAUAAAAGAAAUGAGACUAAAAAAACUUUAUGAUUAUUGAUAAAUUCUCAUUUAUUUAUUGCAAAAUUAUUAAAUUACUGGCACGGUCAUUCGAAGGGUUGGUAUCUAACAAUAAAAAAUAUAAAAUUGAAUGUUAAAGUAAAUUUAAAUAUAAAAUAAGGAAUCCAGAACUUCGAAGAUCUUUGAUAUUUGAAGUUCUUCGUUUUGAAAAUGUCAAAGGGAUAAAUUGGAGUCCUCAACGGCCACGGAUUCCCGAGAGCGUGUUGAGCUUUUGUUUAUACAAAGUCAGAUGUGACGCCUGGAAAAAGUUCGUUUAGUUUUUUGUUUGUUCAUUCUCAUACGUGGCUCGAAAUUUUAGUUUCUUCGAGCUGGGAAAAUAAAAAUUCGUAGCAAAUAUUGUACCAGCAAUCUCAUUCGCUGAGAUUUCCCGCUGUGUUCCUCGAACUCGUGAGGUUAGUCACACUUUCGUAAACUCGGAAGCGUCUACGAAUACGCCACGAGGAGAUUGGAGCAUCGACGGAAAUGUUGUACGAUCCAUGCCGUCAUAACAAUACACAGUGAAAUAUCUUCAUUCCGCUUAUCGCUGUUGAUAACGCAUCGUUACACGGCGGAGCGUGAUAAACCCUCGGGCAACGAUGAUUGCAUUGCAGCUCCUGUGGACACGGUGAAAGUUCUCAAAGUGCAACACAACAUUGAUCGUCACGCAGCAGAAACGAAUUUAUCGUUAAAAAACAUUGACUAAACAAGCAUUAAAACAAAAAAAUUGCAAAUACCAUUAAAAUCAUUAACUUACCAUUCACACCUGCGAAUGAGAAAAUAAUGAUUCUGCGAACGGUCUCGAAUCGAUUUGAAUAAACGAUUGAAGCCUCGUGGCACGAUUGCAAAUAAAGAAAAAUCAUUCGUCGAAAUCGAGCUCAUUCUAAAAACAUAAUAAUUGGCAAAAAAGUAGCAUUUUUCACCUGCUCCAAAAAAUAAUAAUUCUACACAGGCCAACCUCGAUUCGCCUUUCUCAAGGCGUACAGUACCUGCGGAGAGAAGUCUCGAGUUCCCAAGGUGCUGAAGGAAUUCCUUUGUCCUCGAAGCUGAAGAAGGAGACUCGAGGAAGAGGAGAAGAGAGAAAGAGAGAGAGAGAGAGAAAGAGAGUAGAUGAAGAACUACAGAAACGAGGAAGGGGAAGCACGCGGUGCAAACCGAUGGUGAAAGCGUGAGAGGGACGAAGAUAGAGAGAAAGAUCUGUGGCUCUUUUUUCCGGAGAAAGAGAAAGAGGAAGGGAAAAAGAGGCUGGAACUACCGUGACUCGUGGCUGGUCGGAGUAGUUUUACCUGAGCCACGUAUACGUGAGCGUGAACCGCCGGGUUUGUUGAGAGAAGGCGAGAGAGAGCUUCGUUCGGGAUCGUGGUGAAUGUUCGUCCGUGCAAGACCAGCAAAAGCCGCCAUAACUGAAACUCGGAGGCAACAAACCAAGACGGCUGUACCGAGGGGCUCCGUUUCAAGGCCAAAUGUAAUUCGGACCGAUAGCCGAGGAUCGAAAAAUCCAAAUAUUCUCUCGAGUUUCUCGUUCACAUAGAAACAGAAGAAAUGACGUUCUGACGCGCAACCUUCCUGGCCCUGAGCGCGAACGAGUAUUUUUUUCCCCUCUUUCUCGAGCAGCUCAGUGAAAAACAGUGAUUUUCAGUUUAUUUUUAGUUUUUGUGGAGUUUCCUGUGCUACUGGAUCAACCUUUGUGUGUUCGGAGUACAAGCUCAUGUGCGGGUAUUUCAAUAAUAAACGGGAUAAUAGUGAAUCGCAGAGUGAGAAAAUGCAGCAACGACGCUUCAUCUCCUCUGACGGUAUGGCGUUGUUGAGGGCAGCUGUACUUGCAGCUGUUCUGGGCCAGAUUCUCGGCUAUGCCGGGGCGAACAGGCCUCCCGGGACCCAUCCGGGACACGCUUACUUCGAGCAGCCUUGCUGCGGACAUUCACAUCUUAGGCAUCAUAAAGAACAUGUGCGGGAAUUCAGCUGUGGGAUGCUGUACUACAGGACCCUUUAUCUCGAUAGCAAAAGAGACGCCCUUUACGUCGGAGCAAUGGACAAAGUCUUCAGGCUUAAUCUGAGCAACAUCAGCCACUCAAAUUGCAAGACGGAUGCACUGAACCUCGAGCCCAAUAACGUGGCGAAUUGCGUCUCCAAGGGAAAAUCUGAGCACUUCGACUGUCGCAAUCAUAUCAGAGUGAUCCAACCAAUGGGCGAUGGCAAUCGACUCUACAUGUGCGGUACCAACGCCCAUUCUCCCAAGGACUGGGUUAUCUAUAGCAAUUUGACACACUUGCCGAGACACGAGUUCGUGCCAGGAGUUGGAAUGGGAAUAGCAAAGUGUCCUUAUGAUCCCGCUGACAAUUCAACUGCUGUCUGGGUCGAGAAAGGCAAUCCUGGCGAUUUGCCGGCUCUUUAUUCUGGCACAAACGCUGAGUUCACGAAAGCGGAUACAGUCAUAUUUCGCACGGAUCUUUAUAAUCUGACCAUUGGACGUAAAGCCUACAGCUUCAAGAGGACCCUCAAGUAUGACUCCAAGUGGUUGGACAAACCAAACUUCGUCGGCUCUUUUGACAUCGGACCCCACGUAUUUUUCUUCUUCCGAGAAACCGCUGUUGAAUAUAUCAAUUGUGGUAAAAGCGUUUACUCCCGAGUUGCGAGAGUGUGCAAAAAGGACACCGGUGGCAAGAACAUCUUGUCGCAGAAUUGGGCAACGUAUCUGAAGGCGCGAUUGAACUGCUCGAUACCUGGAGAGUUCCCGUUCUACUUCAACGAAAUACAGAGUAUUUACAAAGUGCCAGGGGACGACACCCACUUCUACGGGACAUUCACAACCUCAACAAACGGUUUGAUGGGUUCGGCCAUUUGUUCGUUCCAUAUUGACGCGAUACAGGAAGCCUUCCGUGGAAAAUUCAAGGAGCAGGCAACGAGCAGCAGCGCGUGGCUGCCAGUACUAUCGAACAAAGUGCCGGAGCCGAGACCGGGACAGUGCGUCAACGACACGGAAACCCUUCCAGACACUGUGCUCAACUUUAUAAGAUCCCAUCCGUUGAUGGACUCAGCAAUAUCCCACGAAAACGAGAAACCCGUUUUCUACAAACGGGAUAUCAUGCUAACCAGACUGGUCGUUGACAAACUUCGCAUAGACUUUGUUGGAAUGGAUCUCGACUAUACGGUGUACUACGCCGGAUCGAGUGAUGGCAGAGUACAUAAGGUGGUCCAAUGGCUCGACAACAACGGCGAAUCUCAAUCAAUUCUAUUGGACGUUUUCGACGUGACGCCCGGUGAACCGAUACAGGCGAUGGAGAUAUCCAAGGAGCAUAAAGAACUGUACGUCGCAUCCGAUCAUCGAAUUAAGCAGAUUGAUCUCGUUAUGUGCUCCAGACGCUACGACAAUUGCCUGCGAUGCGUCCACGAUCCUUAUUGCGGAUGGGACAAAGAUACGAACACGUGCAAACCUUACGCUCCUGGACUCCUUCAAGACGUGUCGAACAGCACAGCAGACGUUUGCGACAGUAGCGUAGGUAAACGAAAGCUCGUCGUGACGUGGGGACAGUCGGUUCAUCUCGGCUGCUUCGUCAAAAUGCCCGAGGUCCUUGCCAAUCAGGAAGUCAGAUGGUACCAUUACAGCAAGGAAAAGGGGCGCUAUCAAAUAGCGUACAGGUACGGAGCCGGGGGCGACAAGUUCAUCGAAACAUCUGAAAAGGGUCUCGUCAUUGUCGGUGUAAAUGAACAGGACGCUGGCAGAUACGAUUGCUGGUUGGGAGGAGCUCUUUUGUGCUCUUACAAUAUCACCGUCGAUGCUCACAGAUGCUCAGCACCUGCCAAGUCCAAAGAUUAUCAAAAGAUUUACUCGGAUUGGUGCCACGAAUUCGAGAAGUACAAGUCGGCCAUGAAGAGCUGGGAACGAAAACAAGCUCAAUGCGCCUCGAGACAAAACGACAGCAACCAAAACGUCCACACGAACGAAGUGUACGGUACACCAUUGGUGUGAUGGAGUCGCGCUCUUGACCCUCAUUCGAGUAGAGAUUACGAGACGAUGAUCCGCAUAAGCGUUCUACCGAGAAACAAUUCGCCCUCUCAUGGAAUAUUAACCAGCCUCCGGAUCAUCGUUUUGUUCCUGUUCACGAGCCGCUACCUCCACUACUAAGACUGGAUAUCGUUGUCCAUUGAGUGAACGUGAAAUCGUUUGAUCGCGUGCUGCUAACGCGAAAAAAUAAACAAUUUCGAAUGAAAACCCCUAAUAUCCUCUGGCGGAAGAAAACAAAUCUAAAAGAAAAAACUAACAGUGCCACCGUGACUCUCACCGUCCCUUCGUGCGAAUUAUUGUCAUCGAUAUCACGAAAUAAUGUGCUCGGGAGCUCGUUCCACACUCGUCAAAAGUGGAGGUAAACGAAAUAACCGCGAAUAUUCGUGCGUGGGUUUCACUUAUUCUUUCGCAAUCGUUAACUACUCUCGCUGUGUGUAUCGUGAAAGAUCGUGUGAAUGAGUUGAGCGAAUUUUCCAAAACAGAUUGCGACUUUUCGUCGCUCUUCACCGAUCUGCGAAUGAAAUGUGUUGAAACGAGGUACAUAAGUUAUAAGAUUGACGUCAUAAGGCGGUAGCACUAUUAAUUUGAUUGAAACUUCAUGGACGAUCGAAUUAACAGUGGUAUUAAUGAGAUUUUGUGAGGCCUCCAUCGUUAAAAGGACCAAAAUAGCCAGCAAAAUUGACACUCCAAGUAACGCGUUGUUGCGAAACAGAAAAAAAAAUGAAAGAGACGAACAAGACACGCGAAUAGGAAGAAAAAAGGGAUAAAAAGAGCGUGUGCAAUUGCCAAGAUAGAAUGGGCGUCAAAAAAGUAUUGUCUGUUUUCUCAGACCUGUGAUAUGGAUAAAAGAGGAUUGACGGGGUAGGGCUAUGGCUAAACGACUUGAGGUGGAUUGUGCUCCAUUCACGAUCACGUCCCGCCGGAACUGAGAGUAUUCCCAGACCGGAAAUUGGACGGGUGGUCUCCGCCCCCCACGAUGUACCUCCUCCAAAGGCAGAAAACAAUCACGAGAAUUUUUGGAAAGAGGGGAAUUUAUAUAGGUCCGAUGGUGAGAAACGGUAGUCGCGAAAAUUCUUCAGAUCUUCAAGUUCCAAAUAUUUUCGUAAAAUUGUGCAAGGGCGAUAUUUCGAGAAUGAAAAAAAAAACAUAAAAAUAACAAAAAAAAAACAAGAUGAAAGAAAAAAGAAACAGAAAAAAUAUGGGACAAAGAUAUGAGAUUUCCUGCGAAGAAUUAGUUCGCGAAACUCCCGGUUAUAACCUGACGAUAUAUGCCGCUAAAUGCACAUAUAUGCAGAUGUGCAUAUAGACAAGUGCUUUUUGCUCCAAACAAAUAUAUAUCUAUAGACAUGGAUAUAUACAUGAAUAACACGGAGUGUGAGCUCCGUAAGUUACAUUAUGAGAUUAUUCGACGACUCUGCUGUAAUAUGUCUGUCUGCGUAUGUUGCGAACACAUCUUUAUUAGAGAGUAUUCCAUGGAGAAAAGCAUUUUUUUCUGUAAUACUCUUAUUACGACACGAGUCUUCACAUUCAUCGUUUCUAUUUUAUUUUAUUUUUUUUUGUUCUAACGCCAUUUGUUUCGUCCUCUAUUAUCUCGCUUCGACAACUUAUACGGUCGAUCUUCAAGCUUAAUUCAUUAUUGUUUAUUUAAUAUGAUUUUUUUUUUAAUUUCUGACGAGAACCCGAUAAAUUUACUAUAUCAUUUGUCCCUGUCAUGGAGCUUUUUGUCCAUCGUUUUGUUUUAAGUUUAUUCUGUAUCGGUUAGCUACUUAAUUUUUAUCAUUAGUUCGAACCCUCCGGUCAUUUUGAAUAAACGAAAACUUUUCUACUAGGGUAACCACCGCGUUUGCGACGUUGCGCAUUCGUCGGUUUCAAUGAAUCGAUGCUGCAAGCAACCUCGAGUAGAACCUAAGACUUUAAGAUCCUUCAUGUAAUUCUAAAGAACAUUGACACCACGUUUUUUUUUUCAAAUAAAAAUAUAUGGCAUAGAGGCUUUUGGCAUUCUCUGAAGAACUUUAGUUCCUACGAAUCUCAUUGACGAGCAUUCCUCCAGAGCCCGGAGCACUCGUUCACUCAAGGUAGGUGAUCUGCGGGGUUCAAAUUCGUUUUUUUUUCUUCAUUUGUCUUUUUAUGUGUUUCUUCCAUUGUAAUGAAUUCCGGUUGUUCUACUGGUUAUUUGAACGCAGGCAAAACGAAACUGCUGAUUUAGUGAGUCAAAUUAUUUCCUUCGUUGUUUCCAUUAAAUUUUGCUUCCACGAACUCCUGCAUGCGAAGACACGAAGACACAAAGACGUGAAUAUAAAAAAUUCGCGUUAUCUGGUUGAUAAUCCAUUGUAAAUAUUAGGCAUAAUCGUCAUCACGUAAAGUGUUGAAUUUUUCAUAGAUCUAAUCCUGUACUGCAGAAAUAAUAGAUUUUCGCUCAUUCAUUUUUACCAUAAAUGGAAGAAAAGAGUUUCGAGAUUGUUGGCGGUUAGAAGAGAAAGUUUAAGAGAAACGUCGAGUCCAUAAACCACGAACGAAUGGGAACGUUCAAUCGAUGAAAAUGGCAAAUCGCAAUCGAUCGAGACGCCCACGGAGCGCUUGUUCCCAUCACUCCCCAAACAUUACCGUGCGCCAUUCUAAUUUUUGAAACCUUCUGCUAAAUUCCUGAAAAAUAAAGGACUAAAGGAGCAAAAAUUAGAUUGAAAAUUUGCGAGUAAAACGAGCAUAGAUAACACAUAAUCAAGAGAAAAAAAUAGAAUUUCUGAAUAAAGUAACGAAAAGAGAAUAUUAGUAGAGAUAAGCUGAGCUGAAGAAGAUAAUAGUUUUGUUUUUCGAUGCGGACGAGUGUGAACGUUGUUUGUACUAGAUUUUUUAACCAAUCCUCAACGCAACGAUUGAACUCGUCUCAAGAUCUCACAAUCGUAAUUCACAUAUAUAAAUAUAUUGACAAGAAUCUAUAUAUGUCUAUUGAUUUAAGAGUAAGAGGUCAUGACACCUUUCUGUGUACGGAUUUAUGUUUCCUGAGAAGGUGAAUAAAAACGAAGCGUAAAGAAAAAAAAAAAAAAGAAAUAUCAAAUGGAACGCGUGCUCGUUCAACUUUUGACUGGUACAUGGUAUUUAGAGUUCGAGCUUUUUAUAAAGAAUGUUCAGUCGUUGUGAGUCCAACUCCAUUUCCCAUCAUAUUGAUGAAUUUUUGUAAUUUCGUUUGGUUCAAGGUCGCAGCUAGAGAUUUCGAUGUGGCGAGCUCCCACCGCCUUUUUCUCGGGCAAUCGGAGGGUAUUUUUCUCCAGUUCGUAAUAGACUAAUGAAGAACAAAAAAUGCGAUUAAGAGAAGCGUUAUUUAUUCGUUCUGUACAAAAGAUUUUUAAAAAUGGGGGAAAAGGGAGAAGCAAAAACCGCUCGCACUUAGCACCGAGAAUUUAAUAAAAAGGGAGGGAGAAAAAACGAGAAAUGAGCACGGGUGGAGGGGGGUCGAGGAGAGGCCGGUUAGACGAUUUAAUUUUUUACUACGUUCCACACUGGAUUGAAUCCCAGAUGGAAAACGACCGGAUGAAAAAAACGAUGAAAAAUAAAACAACUUAAAAACGUGUGUACACGAGAAAAUGAAUCUUCUAGAGGUGAACAAGUUUAAAAAAUAAAAUACACUAGUGAGGAGAAGGAAAUCCUUCUGUAAGAUGUACUUGCUAUGAGCUUCAACAAGUAUUGGAUUAGUAUUACAUGAAACUAAUUGAUAAUAUUGAGGUUCCGGGGGACUAGCCUUACGGUUUGUUCUCAAAGGGCCCGAUAAAUGACGAAUAAACUGAAACAAUCGAAGUUUUUACAUCCAUCGCGAUUCGAAAUGUAUCUUUUCAUUUUUCGUUCUAUCUUUCAAUGUUGAAUUUCUUCGUCCUCGGAUUUUCACAGACGCGAUUAGUGAAACGAUAAUUUCUAGUUUCGAUCGUGAAUCUUCAAACAAUUAUUGAUCUGUGCAGAGACAAAAAAUCGCUGACACGAAGAAAACAAUUGCCGUGGGUUUUCGCAACCUAUGAAAACUUCGAUGGCACCGAAAAUCUGUGAAAAUCCGGAGGUCGCGAAUGUUUCUCAUAAAAAAUCAAUUUAUGGAUGAAAAAAUCACUAGGGCAACUAUUAUUUCGAGACUUUUGUACAACGAGAAGAAAACUAAGUGAGCGAUAACGAUGAAGGAGACGAGAAGAGGGAGGAUGAAAGACGAAGGCGAUUUUGAAUAACGGCUUCACACAUUUGAUAUACCAGCGAAUAAAAAACGCGUAUGUGUGAACGCUCGUGUACGUGUGCAUGUGUAUAUUGCUGGCCAAAGUUCCUGCACGUCGACCGCGCAGUUUCCACCCGAACAAGAAAGUAGAUACCUGAGUGGGAAAAUAAAAAUGGAAAAUUCACGAACAGCGUUUCGAAGUGGACAAAUAGCAAGUGAAAAUGGCUGUCUGGUUUUUGAAAAAUGGUCGAAUGUUCUUUUGACGGAAAAGAAAUCAAACGGGAAACGUGAAACUCCAACUCGAUUUAUGGGGAAAAUUCUGAAACUUUUUCUACUACAGUUUUUCGUGACAAAAAAAAAACAGUUUUGAAAAAUGAGGCGCAAAGAGAGAUUGAUGGGGUUGAAAAAAACUUUUUGAAUAACCACGACAAUUUCUUCUCAACUAUUUUUGAUUGAAGUGCCUAUCCGAUCGACGUUUCCUGAUUCUUUUCGUCAACUUAUGAAUAGGACUCAGAAACCAGAACUUCGAGAAUCAAAAUCUAGGAGAGGGAAAGCAUUGUUCAUGAAUUUUGAACGCAUUUUAUCUUUUCACGAAUUCUAGGCAAUUUUUUUCUCGUAUUUUGAUGAAAAAUCUUUUUCACGAAAAAUACGCGAAAGACAUCCGUUUUCGUUGUUUUCUGGUGUUUCACGAGUGUAUCUAAUGCUAGUCCGGAUUUAUGAGAUGAAUCAUAUGUACAUCUAAAAUAAACAAUUUUUAAUUGAAAUAAUUCUCACAGUUCGCGAGGUUUAUCAGUGAAUCAACGAAAGAAAUUAAACUGACCAUGAAUGGUGUUGGAAGAGAUUCGAUAGGUUUUCAAAUUCGGAUGAGCUCAAAAAAUGAACUACAAAAUUUCACUGCUUAGAUCUGCAUUUAACCACCGUUUUCAUUAUUUUUAAAUUCGUAUUUCGUUAAUAGCGAAGGCUGAAAAUUCCUGCCAAAAAAUGGCUGAACUUUCUCCCCGAAGACCGAGUCGAAGCCUCGAGUUGCCUUGUCAAAGUGCUUCCAGUGAAAAGUAAUUUGAUCAUUUCCCAAGAUCCAACAGCUAAUUUCACGAAAGUAAAAAAUCUCGAGAGAAUAUCAGUCUUGAAAAACGCGUUCCCGGGUAACAAAUUUGAUCGACGUGCCUAAGUUUUGGUCGGCAUUAUACGGCAGAAGAAGGUGGCUGAUAGAAGAAACGAGCGUUUAGUACUUAAAAUAAGAAAUAGUAAGGUAUAAAUGAUCUUUUGUCGAAGAUCGCGGGGCGAAAAUUCACUCCAAAUAUUAGCAAAAUGAAAAAGAGCAUCAAUACCGAAUUUCUCGAAUCGAAUUUCGCCUUGGUGAGCUCGGUAAAGUUGGCGGUUAUUACGGAAAGCAAUCUAAGACGAACGUAAUGUUGUUAGACAUAUUAUUUAUAAGAUUAUCAUGUAAUGUAUAUGUUAAUACGAUUUUUCAUUAAUUCUCAAGCAUAUGCUCGAUUUUUUGCCAGUAAGAUUGACACGGCGAAACUCUCUUUGGAUGCUAUCGCAAUAUUAAAGAAAAAGAUGAAAAAAAAAACGUAUAUUAAAAUUGAA